AUGUGCUGCGAUGCAGAGUGGAAACGGGAGGUGGUGCAGGAUCACAAGUGGGACUUCAUCAACGUCAACGAGUUCCGCAAGACCGACUUCCUCACACGGUUCAAAUAUGUUUGGCGAUACAUCCUUCUGUUCAAGUCUCUGGCGGUCUACGGCUUGGAUAUCUUCACUGCUGUUACCAUGAUCUCGUCCGAUCGCUGGAAUAACGCAAUCACAGCCAAGGGCUCAGAAGGCGUGGUAGAGGUCAAAUUUAUCAUCGCUAAAUGGGUCUUCGUCGGCUGCAUCAUCUUCUCCUUCUUGCUGCUCGGAUACGAGUGGUACAAGGCAAGACAGGUCGUCAAAUCGCAGGAUAUAUCUUAUGCGUUUACCAAUUUGCUCGCCAACGACUACUUUUCGUUCAAGAACUACGACAACUUCUGCUUGUUCUGCCACAUCGAGGGAUCAACGAAGAAGAAGGACGACUUUGCCUUCUUCAUCUUCUUUACCUUCAAGGAAUGGAAGCGUCUGCUCCUCGCCGACGGUCCUCGUCAGUCGAUCAAUGGGCUCAUGCUCUACUCUUUCGGCCAGGCAAACGGAUGGCAGACCUCCAAUAUCCCCGCAUACUGGAACGAAGACCCCAUCACCGCGAUGCUGCUCUUCUCGAUGAUUGCCACAGUAUUGAUCUUCGCGGGAUCCAUGCUGCUCUUGAUUGCGGCGGCGGUGCUGUAUGUGCCGUUGCUGUGCUAUAUCCAGGGCAACCUCAAGGAAUAUGUCUGUCACAAAGUCGACAAGCGACUCUCGGAACUCGUCAAAAAGAAGCAGAGGCUCCGAGCUCAGCGCGCUGCAGCUCUCGAGAAGAAGCUUGCUCGCGAUGGCGGUCUGCGCAACUCGAAAGGCGAAUUCGUCAAUGUGGUCAUGCAGCCCACGUUGCCGAAGAUCAUGCUGGACGACGAGGAUAUGCGGGAGACCAAGACGGGGAUGGCUCGAAGCAAGAGUGCGGACACAUUGGCCAGCUACCCAUCCAGUACUCCCGGUGUGAAUGAGGUCUACGGCGGAUACCCUCCUUCACUGGACUACCAUCAGAGCCCGUACGGUAAUGAUGUCGGUUUCAGCAGUACCACCCGCCUGAUCGACCAUUCCGGACCCAUGGGGAUCUCAUACCCUCCUCCAGUCGCCACUCCGCCAGACGCAGCACCCUCCUUCCCUCCCCGCGGAUCCAGUCCUGCCCCUCCCCCAGGCAUGCGUCCAUCUCGGUCCAACACCCAAAUG